UCUGCUUUUUCAGUGCAAUUAGACAAAGUAGUUGGUGAGCAGACAAAGAAGGAGAGUUAAGGGCCAACAGCCCCCAACAGAAAAAACAAAGCAAGACUGCAAAGACAGUGUGUGAGAGGCAGAGAGAGAGAGGGAGAGAGAGAGAGAGACCUUGCAGAGGAGAGAAGCAAGGUGGGAAAGAGGCAACAAGGGAGGAGGGCUGCCGGAAGGGGUACAUGCUCCCUCCUCAUCUCACAGAAAAUGGCACAAUAAUGAUUCAAUUUGGUCAUCAAAUGCCUGAUUACGAGUCAUCAGCUACCCAGUCAACUGGUGAGAGUCAUCAAGAAGUGUCUGGAAUGAGUGAAGGAAGCCUUAACGAGCAUAAUGAUCAAUCAGGUAAUCUCAAUGGUUACACAAAGAGUGAUGAAAAUAAGAUGAUGUCAGCUUUAUCUCUGGGCAAUCCAGAUUAUGCACAUCCAAAACCGGACCGUAGUCAGUCCUUUGCCAUAUCAUACCCAUAUGCUGAUUCAUUCUAUAGCGGUGCCGUGGCAACUUAUGGUUCACAUGCUAUUCAGAUGCACCCCCAGAUUGUGGGCAUGGUGUCAUCCUCUCGAGUGCCAUUACCAAUUGAACCAGCUGCUGAAGAGCCCAUCUAUGUAAAUGCAAAGCAGUAUCAUGCAAUCCUCCGAAGGAGACAGCUCCGUGCAAAGUUAGAGGCUGAAAACAAGGUGGUAAAAAGUCGCAAGCCAUACCUUCACGAAUCUCGGCAUCUACAUGCCAUGAAGAGAGCUCGGGGAACAGGCGGGCGAUUCCUCAACACUAAGCAGCAGUCAGAGGGUCCUGGCGAUGGCACCUCAGACGCGCAACGCAUGCCCGCAAACGGUGGCCUGUUCACGAAGCACGAGCACAACUUAUCACCCAGUGAUCUCCAUUAUCACGCGAGAGGGGGCGCUUAAGGAGUCCCAUGGCAACUCAUCCUUGGCUUAUGUGUGGUGGCGCUCAGCAAUUCGACUCAACUUCAAUGUAAACUAAACCUGGCGGCGCGCAACUGUAACUAGGUGUGGUCGAAUUGGCAUUCAUUCUGACAUUCUGUUCCUGCGCGUCUUGGGUCUGGAGACGACGCAGUUGUUGCCAGUUCUCUGUUGAAGCUAGACUUGCACCUGUUUCCUGUAACAUUUUGUUCCUAAGAUGACAAGACUCCAAUAACCGUCCUGUA